AGCCUUCAAUUCUCGCUUCCCCUGUCUCUCACAGAUCUCCCACCUAAAACCCUCUCAGAAUGUCAAUGGUGGCCCAAGUAUAUGGAGCCCUGUUGCGAUUGGUGUUUCCUGACUUUCCUAGUUAGCGUCAACGUUUGGGUUACGCCUUAAGCUGAGUUUGCAGUCGUGCGAGGCUUACUUUCCUCAGUGACCGUCACUAUGCUGCCGCUGGAUAGAAUGGCCUUCGGACUUGAACCUCCCAGAUCAGUGUUUCAAGUGGACGCCAGUUGAUUCUAUUCGGGAUGGCACCGAUUUGGUUUCUGUCGGACCUUUAUCCGCAGAUUCCGUAUCUUCCAGAUGUCAAUGGCUCUCUGGCCUCGAGAAACCACACGGCAGAUCACACGCUGACGUGGAAGGUCCUAGAAGCUAACCUGGUAGCUGGUCGAUAAUAGUCAACGCCAGUGAACGCUGAAGGGGCUCCAGUCGUCAUCUCCUGGCACCUGGUGUUUCGUCUUCUCCGGAGUGCGGACAAUAUUGCGGGCUGCAUUCUUUCUCAACGCGCUCUUCCCUAUGGCCCCGUUCCGCUGGUCAAAGGCGGACUCAUCCUGUGAAAGCUUCUGCUGUAAGGAGGACCCACAUCAACACAUUGUUCCUGAUAAGUUGAAGCUUACAAGUUUGGUGCAAUAUUAAAUGUCGAUUUGGUACCCUACAUGUAACUGCCGAGUAGUGCAGAUGGUGAUUCUAGAGGUUGACCUGUCAACGACGCCAAAAUCAUUUCUUUCCCAUUUCCCAACGUGGGCCGUGUGUGAAUGCUUCUCCUCCCUUCUCUUGCCCCACUUAUCCUUUUCUCCUCACCCAGCAACCGACCAUUUUCUUUUGGUUUGUUUUUCGAAAUCCUUCCAGUACCCACGACCUCAGCGCGUUGACGAUGGUCUUCCCCUAGCCUUGCUAGCUCACCCCCAAUCUCACCACCGAGAGAAAGCCAGCGCAGCAAAGGAAACCCUACCGUCCAUGUCAUCCAGCACAGCCUGUUCGUGGAGUCCGCGCAUGGACCAAUACCAGCACAACCAGCAGCAACAACAGCAGCAGCAGCAGCAGCAACUUCAGCUGGCCUUGUUCCAGGAGCAACUCCUCUUGUCUCCAACCCACAGAUCCCCUCACAGACCUCCCGUCAGCAACGACGCCUCUCGUCUGCCAUUCCCACCCGCGCUAGAUUUACCCUCCGCUGAGUUUUUUCCCGACGAGGCCUCUCCCUGCUGGAUUUGGGCGCAGCAGCAGACAACCUUCGCAACGUCGUCGGCGCCAGCAAUCCCCGCCGCAGGCUCCGCCGCGUUUGCCGCGCAAACAGGCCCAGCGCCAGCCAUGGCGACGGCGGUGGCGACGCAAGCGACGUGGGAGACUGCUCCCGCCGCCAACUGCGGCGCAGCUAGCGCGUUCCGAACCGCACCGAACACCACCGCCGCACCCGCCGCUUCCGCUUCCUUCUGCUCCUCAUCCGGCGUAACCUUCCCCACAGCCCCCGCUUCCCCUUCCUUCGCGACCACUCCUUCCGCCACUGCAGGCCUUGCGCCACCAGCUUCCGCCGCUUCCGCGCCUUCCGCCUACGCGCCUUCCGCCUCCGCGCCGUCCCCGCCUUCCCUCCCCGUGGCGCAGCUGGAGGAGCUCCUCCAGGACGAAUGCGGAGUCCUCGAGAUCUCCAUCCCCCAGCGCCGCUUCCCCUCAUCCUUCCCCCCAUCCUUCCCCUCAUCCGCGGGCGUGGGGAGCCUCGCGUCAACCCUCCCCACCGCGGGGACCCCCGCGGAUCUGCGCGAGCAGGGGCUGCAUCUAUUCGCGAGCCUGCUUCCGCUUCUCUACACGCCGCGCUGCGCCGCCACCGCCGCCAUCGCCGCGUCGCCCGCUGGCGAGGCGCUCAAGCGCGCGCUCGCGUCGUCGCCGACGGCUGCCGGCGUGUUCGAGGCGUUUGCCAGCCGGCCGCUGCCGUCCCCCGCGCCGCUCGCGUCGCCGAUGCUUUUCGAGCAGUUUCAGCAGCAGAUGCAGCAAUGGGCCGUGCCGCAGGUAGAGCAGCAGCCCGCGCCGCAGGUGAAGCAGCCCGAGCCGCAGGUGUCGGAGUCCGUCGCCGCGCCGCAGACGGAUGAGGAUAUGGACGACGCGCUUCCGGAGAUCGAGAGCCCGAACAGCGUCGACGUUUCGUCGCCCGACCGUGACUUUGACGAGAGUAGCCUUAACGAGAAUGACUACAACGAGGUCGCGGAUUCCGCCGCCAUCCCCGCUGCCGCCGCCGCCGCCGCCGCCACUCCCGCCUCCUUUGCUGUUCCUAUUCCGUCUCCGCCAACCGAUCUACCCGCCGCUAGCGCUGUCGUCUCCGUCGCUAUUCCUCUCGGCGCUCCCACCGCUACGACUGCCGCGAAGCCGGAACCAGCAUCCUCGACGGAAGAACCUUCCGAGAAGGCGCAGAAGGCGCCCGCAGCGGCAUCUCCGGCGGCGGCGGCUUCCCCGGCGGCUCCCGCCGAGCCGCUGGACGACGGCUACUUCUGGCGUAAGUACGGGCAGAAGGCGGCGAAGGGCGCGGCGUAUCCGCGCGCGUAUUUCCGCUGCGCCGUGCCCCGCUGUCCCGCCAAGAAGACGGUCGAGCGGUCGUCGGAGGAUGGGAGUACGAUGGAGAUCGUUUACCGCGAGGAACACAAUCAUCCACGUGGCACUCUCCCCGGCCGCCGCGUGUCCCCCACUUCGCAGGGCGGUGCGGGAGCUGCGGGCGGAGCGUCCGGCCGCGUUUUAGUCACGGAGGAGAUGGGCGGGUUUUGCAGCGGGUGUGACGGGAUCCCGCCUUCCCCGGUUAAGCCGCGUCAGUCCCAGCAGCAGCUUCCGCAAAACUCCGCUGUGCCGCAGCCCCAGGCUCCCCCCGCCGCCGCCGCUUCCCCCGCCUGCCCCGCUUCCGCGGAUCUCGCCGCUUCCGCCUUCCCCGCCUCCGCGGAUCCUUCCACCGCAGCGGGGCUCGCGCUGCUGGAGAGCCUCAGCACGGAGGAUCUCGCGCGGCUCGUCUCGGCGCUUUCCUCCGACGCUAUGGCUGCUGCCACCGCCGUGCUCGAAGCGGCGGUCGCCGCCGGCGUCAUGGACAGCAGUUUAGGCGUCGCUGCCGCCGCCGCCGGGGCCGCCGCUGGGGGAGACGCGCACGCGCAGACCGCCGCCGCCACCGCCGCCGCCAAGGAUCUCGCUGCUGCUGCUGUUAACGCCACCGCUGCAGUUACCGCCGCUACCGCUGCUGCGGAGGUGGCUCGCGGGCAUAUGAUCCGAUCCGCCUCCGACCGCGGAGCUCCGGCAGCAGCUGCAGGUUUGGCUGGAGGUUCGGCAGUAGACUCGGCAGCGGCUCGCGCGCUCCUUUUCCGGUCCGUUUCGGAACCUAAGGAGGAGUGCGAUGAUAAUUCCUCUAGCGGGAAUUACGGCGGGGAAGCCCCAGGAUUCGCGGGGAUUAACAGCGCAGCUGUUGCUGCGGUCGCUGCUCUUGCGCGCGGUUCCGCCUUAGCCGUCGAGCCGUCAAGUUGCAGCACGGGAAGCGCUAAUAGCACGGGUAGCCGUCAAAAGCGCCGGUCGAUGGAAGAAGAGAACACCGUCAGCCCAACAUCCCCUAAUCUUCACUCUGUGCCUUUAACGAAGGGUGCCUCCGCCGCGUUUAGCGAGGGUGGGAACGCCCCGGGAAGCAUUUCCCCCGCUGGGGGCAGCGGCGGAAGGGGAAAAAGGUUGCGCACUGGAGGGAAUUCCGGCGGGAGGGGGAGCGGGGGGCGCGGAAGCGGAAGCGGAAGCGGGGGAGCAAACGCAGACGGACAGACGGUUACGAUGACGGUCGUGCAGGUCGAGGGAACCGGUCGCGAUGUGGUUGGCGACGUGGAGGAUGGUUACCGCUGGCGAAAAUAUGGCCAAAAGGCGAUAAAAGCGAGCCCUUAUGAAAGAAGUUACUUUAGGUGUAGCAAGGAGGGUUGCGGUGCACGACGGGUUAUCGAAAGGUGCCCGGAGCAGCCCGAAGACGAGAGUGUAGCUGCGACACAUACGAAUCUGCUCGUGACUUAUAUCGGGGAGCAUUCGCACGCGCGGCCGUUCCGAGCCAAGGUGAUCUACAAGCCCGUUCUUGAUGCUUCUCAGGAACCUUCCCUAGAGGAGAAACCCUCUGCUGACGUCAGCACUGCAGUAAACCCUAAUGCUGCCGGUACUGCGUUGGGUUCUCCUGCUGUUCCGCAGACGCAGCAUGAGCGAGCCUGUGAGCCGGAGAUAACUGGAGCUGUAGGGGAGAUGCAGGACAGGGGGGAAGCAGGCAGUGGUGCAGGCAUGCAGCAGAUGGCCAUGCCACACCUGCAGGAGCUGAAAAUCGAAGAUUUCUCCUUUGACGACCUUCCCAGGCUAUGGUGAAGCUUUCUACAGUGAUGCUGAUGGUUAUAACGAAUCAGCCAAGGCUGUUCUUAUGGCAUCAGGGACUGGGUUUCGGGUUUUUGUUCAGGGUUUAGUUCUAAGGCAUGUACAGCCUUCCAUCCAUCCACCCGCUCUGGCUGUGGGGACGGAUGGCAGGCUGUACCCCUUAUAAGUUGGUGUUCUUACCGUUUCUGUGCUACUUUGCUGGCUAGUACAGCCUUCCAUCCAUCCGCCCCCUGUGUGUGCGGAUGGAUGGCAGGCUGUACCACUCUCUUUGUUAUGAUUUCUGCUAUUUUCUAUGCUAUAUUUGAACUUGAAACCCCCGAG